AUGCCUCCGCAGACUCUGCUCCUGUUGCUUGUGUCCUUGUGGGCUCUGGCUGGGAACUUCCGUGCAGAGGCAGCCUACUACAACCGCGACUACUCCGCCAACACGGAAAACCUCCUGCCCAGUGUCUCCCGCCCCGCCAACCUCAGCCGCACUUUCUAUGGGAUCAUGUUCGAUGCCGGGAGCACCGGCACCCGCAUACAUAUCUACACCUUUGUUCAGAAAGACCCAGCUGAGCUACCGAUUCUGGAAAAUGAAAUGUUCCACGCAGUGAAGCCCGGUUUAUCUGCAUAUGCAGACAAACCUGACAUGGGCGGGGACACUAUCAGGCAGCUGCUGAAAGUGGCUAAGAAGACGGUGCCUCGCUCCAACUGGAAGAAGACCCCAGUGGUCCUCAAAGCCACGGCGGGGCUCCGGCUCCUCCCUGAGGAGAAGGCUAAGGCGCUGCUGAACGAGGUCCAAGAGGUCUUUGACGAAUCCCCGUUUUUAGUGACAAACAGCAGUGUCUCCAUUAUGAACGGAACAAAUGAAGGAGUCUUGGCGUGGGUGACAGUGAACUUUUUGACAGGUCACCUGUACGCUCAUACCCGCAAGACUGUGGGAAUCUUGGAUUUGGGUGGAGGUUCAACUCAGAUCACUUUUCUACCAAAAUCCAAGAAAACAGUUUAUACUGCCCCGCCCAGUUACAUUGCUCGAUUCAACAUGUUCAACAGCACCUAUGAACUAUAUACUCACAGCUACCUCGGAAAUGGACUGAUAGCGGCUCGACUGGCAACUUUAGGAGCUCUUGGUGCAGACGGACUGGAGUGGAAAAUUUUCACAAGCUCCUGCCUGCCCAAGAAGUUCAGGGAAGACUGGACCUUUGGUGGACUCACUUACAAAGUCAGCGGGAUCCCGGAUGGUUAUGCUGGGUACAAGCUGUGCUACUAUGAGGUCAUGAGGGUCAUCAAAGGGAUUGUGCACCAGCCAUACGAGGUGAAAGGGAGCAGCAUUUUCUAUGCCUUCUCCUACUACUUCGACAGAGCCGUGGAGUCAGGUCUCAUUGAUGGCACUCGAGGUGGCAUCGUGGAAGUUAGGGAUUUCAAAAAGAGGGCUAAAGAAGUAUGCAAUAAAAUGACCAAGUACCGGCCAAUCAGCCCCUUCCUGUGCAUGGAUAUGACCUACAUCACCUGCUUGUUAAAGGAGGGCUUUGGCUUCAAGGACAACACAGUCCUGCAGCUCACUAAGAAGGUGAACAAUGUUGAGACCAGCUGGGCUCUGGGUGCCACUUUCGACCACUUUCACAACCUGAAUAUCCACUGA